AUGGCAAGAGAAAAGGUAUCUGGUUUAUAUGUACACCUCGAGAAAGUGAGGAAUGAAGUGGAUAGAAGGCAUGACUCGUUGUACCAAGAAGCAGUCUCUCUUGCAGAUUCAGUUGGAACCGAGCCACACAGACCAAGAAUAGCAGGAAGGCAGCAUCACCGCGCAAACACACCAGCUGACUCACCACCAGAGUACUACAAGCGUGUGGUUACCAUUCCCUUUUUGGAUCAUCUUAAGUCCCAAAUCCAAACUAGAUUCUCCGAGACUAACCUGGAUGUUAUGAACGCUGUUUAUGGUUUACCCAGGAAUGUUUUGACCUGCCCUGACUGGAAAACAAAAUUUUCGAAAUUCCUUGACAUGUACAAAGAUGACCUACCGCAACCUCGCUUUCUCAGUACGGAAUUGGAAAUGUGGAGUGAACAAUGUCAGAUGGAAAAGGGCCCGUUGCCAUCGAAAUUAACUGAUGUUUUGCCUUUUGUAGACAAAAUCAGCUUCCCUAAUAUAUAUACUGCAUUACAAAUAUUUGCUACAAUCCAGUUACUACAUGUACUUGCGAAAGAUCUAUCUCUGUUUUACGCCGACUUAAGACAUACCUUCGCAGCACCAUGUCAGAAUCUAG